CUGGGCUUGGUUUGCUCCCUUUGCAGCCUCCCAUACUCAGGCUUAUAGAAAUCUGGAAGUUUUUUCCCUUUGGAAAUGUUUUCCUUUGUCUAUUACAAGCUGUCAGUAGUACUGUUUAUAGAAGCAAAAAAAUAAUGCACUAACUGGCAUAAUUAUCAUGGUUUCACAAAGUGAAGUGUGUUCAACAUUUUCUGUUGUUCUGUGUUGAGAUCAGAACGAUUCUGUACACGGUGCAAGGAACAAACAGCUUUGCAAAAAGAAGACAACUACUCCUGUAUUCCUUGGCUUACACUGAAUAGAGAUAAUUAAGUUAAUGCCUAAGAAAACAUCCCAUGCCCCCCAUAUCAUUUUAGGAAGGUAAUUAUUUUUUACCUUAUCUUUAUGGGUUUGUCCCCAAACUACAGUUCAUUUAAUAUUUUCCUGUACUUUAGAAUAAAUUCUACCCAAAUGUAUUCUGUUAUAGAUUUCCCAUUUGUACAUGGGGACAAAUGAGGAUUUUGGUCCUUUGUGACUAUGAAAAGAGUGCGUUGCACUGUGUUUGUUUUUCUGGAGGUAGCAUUACAUAGCUGUUGCUUUUAAAGGUUACAUUUCUAUGCUGAAAGCCACCCUUUUAUUUUCAAAAAGCUAUUCUGUGAAAUCAGGAAAUCAGGCAUCUUCUCCUCUUUCAGUAUUACAAGGAACUUGAAUCUGUGCAUUCAUAGGGUGAUCAGCUGAAGAGACUGUAGCUUAUUCUGAAAGGAUUUCUUGCUUCUCUCCAGAUCUGCUACUCUGGGAUAGUAUUGCAAUGGAAAUCAGUGUUGUCUAGCUUAAUUACACAGGUUUUUAAAGCAUGUUUAAAUGCAGUCCAUGUUUCUCAUGCUUAUUAGUUAAUAUUUUCAUAUAAAUUCUUUUUCUCUCUUUAAACAUUUUGAGAAACAGUUUUCUGCAUAAAUUAUGGUUCAUAUGGUAAAUGAUGUAAAUUAUACAGGAUAGAAAGCUAGGCAACUGAAAAUAAAGAAUUGUAGGUUGCCUUUUCUGAGAAGCAGAACUUAGAUGUUAGUGUAUUCCUUGACAUCCUAAACAUAAUUUAGACUUUCCUGUUAAGUUGACAGCAUGCUGUUCGUAUAAUUUUAGUGCAAAGGAAGAGGCUAUGGAUUGGUUCAGAAUAUUUUGACAUUGCAAAAUGUUUUCCUUUUUUCUAAACAAUUAAUUUAGACUUGAUGUAAUUUAGGCAAUCCCCUGGAGUUCUACAGGAGGAAGCAAUUGCAACUGAAAUUGCUCUCCAAGUUGCAAGACAGGCUUUACCUUCACCUCCUCUCUAUUGGUUGAAUGCUUUGUCCUUCAUACUGUGCCUUUAACCUUUACUUGGCUGGUAGAACUUGCUAAGUAGCUGGAGGUUUAUCACUAAGCUCAUCAAAGCUGAGCAGAGGGUGAUGCAAGAAACUCUGAAAACACCAGACAGGUUCAGAUGUGCUGGUUCAUCUGGAUCUGGGUAAACUGCUAGGACCUAGCAUCAAUCAUGUUCCACAAUUGAUUAAAAAAAAAAUAUUGGUUCUAUAACUGCCCUUUCUGAUAGUGAAAGUGAUAUUGCUUUUCUUGCACCAUAUAUUUGGUGAUCUUGUUCUGAGUGGUCUCAGUCAUGAAAACCCUUGCAUGUCCUGUGAGUAUUUCUCACCUUCCCUGAAGCCUUUUAUACUGAACAGCUAAAAUCUGGUCUGAAGGGCUUGCAGAAGAAGUAUUGGAGAAAGAGAAAUUUUAAACACUCAAUUAUUGGCAUAUCUAAUCUUCAAACUCUACUUUCCAUUCUCCAGUGUCUGCCCACUGCUUUUUUUUCAGCUGGGCAGACUGUGCUCUAGUUUAUGAUUAGCCCUGAUGCUAUGGCUGGGAAAAGGCACCUCUGGAGAGGGUUAAAGGAGUGUUUGGGGCUGUGAUUCUGGUUUUUCCCUCCCUUCCAUGUACAUUUUGUGCAGAGUCACACUGUCAGGUUCGUCCCACGCACCGUGUCUGAAUGCUGGGUGGUGCUGCAGGAGUGUGAAUGAGAGCAGAGCUGAAGGGCUUUGCUGCCAGAUCCUCCACAGAGGCCCUCUCCUCCUCUUUGCCUGAGCUGGGAUUGUGGCUCCUGCUCCCUCUCCCUGCAGAGCUGAGCCCGUGUCUGUGUGGGGUGCAGUGUUUGCUGUGCCAGUGCUGGCUCUGCCCUGCUGCUUCAUGGGGGUGGGCAGGUCUGCUGUGAGUUCCCUGGGCAGCCAGGACACUGGGAUUUAUAAAUGAUGGGGUGUGGGCAAGAGAAGCCACUCAGUGUCUUGGACUGCAAACCACUCCUCCAGAAGCUGAGAACUCAGUUCCCAGUGGUACUUUCUUCAGAACUUGUUGUCGUGUUCUCUUCUCAUACAUCCCUAAAGGAGACUCCACAGACAUGAGCACAAGACAUGAACUUUGGGUUCCUUGGGUAUGGCUUGCCCCUGGCAUGUGAGGUUCAGGUGUUCUGAGAACUAUCACAUAGGUUAUUAAUUUAUUUCUCUCUUGUGUACGAUGAGUGGAUAACAAUAACAUAGCAACAGUAAUAACCAUAACACAAAUAUGAAACUGGCUCUAUCACUACUGAGGCAAUCUUCCAACACUGUAGAAAACAGAGUGAGAUUUUCCAGCCCCUUAUCCUCCAGGAUAGGUUAAAACAGUCUAAAGCACAGUUAGUCCUCCUUUAGAUAGGGUUGCCAGAGUGACAACCCAAAAAAAGUGAGAGAUGGAAAAGAGUUUUGUGGCUGAGGCUUCACAACCACAGAAAUCCUGGCACAUGCUCAAGCCCCAGCCUGGGGCCAGGCAGGUUUUGUGUCCAAUCUGUUGCUACUGGAAGCUUGUUUUGUUACUUUACUCUGCUUAUGAAUACAAAUGUCUUUUUAAUUUUCAUGCUAAAUUUCUUGGUCAGAUGUAUCAACUUUUUUACCAUAUUCCUUGAAAUUAAUUUGUCUUCUUUAAUACUAUCCCUUUAAUUUAUUUUGGAGCACCAGGGACAGUGCUGUGUCUCCCUAGCCCAGCUAAGCAAAUCAACCUUUCCUCAGGCUCUUCGUGUUCCUCAGUUGUAGAGAUGUUUCAUGCUCCUGCCAUGGUCUGAUCUCAUUUUAGGACACAAUUUACAAGAACCUCUACACACCAUCCCAGUAAAGUGUCUUCUAUAACACCUCUUUCUGUGAGAGACACUGUCUAAUAUGGCAUUCGCCUUUCUUGGACAAGUGGCUGAUUGUCACCUAUUUGUAUUUUUUCUUAUCUUUAUACUUUCCUAACAUUUUUUUUCUGAAUCCUUAUUGUUAUUGAUGUCAAUAUCAUGAACUUAGAGUUGUUGGUAGUGCUUUGCUCCUUUACUUAAAUAUUCUGCUACUAUGUUUGCUUUUCCAGCCAUGGAAAAGCCAAUUUGAGAGAUAUAUUACAAGUUUGGUCUGUGAGAUUUUUCACCUUUCUUUGACUAAAAGGUGUUUUCAAGAAUACCAACCAGCAGAGUGGGCCUCAAAAAAAUCCCAUAGAAAUGGGAAAAAAGUUGUGUUUCUUUGUUGUUGUUGUUGUUUUUUUUUUUUGUUUUUUUUUUUUAAUAUGAAUGGAACAUAAUGCAGACAACAUAAUUUCUACAAAGUGCCCCCACUCCAGGGGAAGAAUAUUGAUUCAAAAUGGAUCUUUACUUUACAUCAUAUUUAAAAUACAUCAGUUUCAGUUGCUGGAAUGGAUGAGAACUGCUUCCUUGCAUUCUCUGUGCCCUGGAUGUUUUCUGGUUUCAGUAGGUGAAGGAGCACCUGUGUCUUGUGUGUGCUGGCUCUGUGCAUGACUUCACCCCAAAUAAUGUGGUCUCUUAGGGAGUGGUCUGGGUGCCAUCGCUGCUCAUGGCUCUAGAACUGAGUUCAGCAGGAGUGGAAGGUUUAGAGAAAGAUCCCAUGGAUCAGUGAGAGCAUCAGUCAGAAAUGCCUUGGGUUCACCCAGCAAGUAAAAGUCUUUGAGGCAGCGCAGAAAGAAAAGCAGAAAAAAGCAAAUCCUUGAGCUGCUGAGUGAGCAAAACCAGCUUAGGAAGGAGCAAAUUUAUAUGGUAAAUGACUGGGAUUUGAACAGAUGUUCAACCAAAGAACAUCUUUAAAUAAGCAAAGCAAUAUCUAAGCAAAAGAGUAGCAGGGAAAUCAGAGGUGCAGGCAGACUCCACAGGAUCUUCUCUCUCCUGGACAUGAAGAUACAGUACUAGACACCAACAUGACAGAGAGCAGGGUUCUAGAGAAAACUGAUCUUUUAGAUGGCACCUGUGUGCAAAUCACACCAAAAGGGGUUUGAAAGAGGCAUUUCUCCUCAAAAUCAUUGAAACAGUUCUGGUUCUGGUUCAAUGCAAAACCCCAAAUUGUAUAUGUAUACUUCUAUACAAAUAUAGACAGAUGUGCAAGUUUAAAAUAUGGCAUGUGUUCUUUUUAGUUUUUGACUCAUAAUUAGAACAAAACAAGAAGUGGUGUAAGGUCUGGUAAGUAUGCAAAUACUUUCUUUGGAAACAAAUCACUUCUCUUAUGCAACUGUCCAGAAAACUAAGCAGUAAUUAUGCUGGAGGUAAACCUGUUUUGUAAAUCAAAGUUUGGCUGAAAAUGUGUAAAUAAGAUGAAUAUUUUUAAUGCAGGAAGGUGUAGGAGUAGAGGGGAGGACAGAGAGAAGGGAACAAUCUGGAGGAGUGAGGAAAGAGCUCAGAGAUCAGGACUAGAUCUUUUUCAGAUAAAGUAUUUAGAAUGUGAAAAAAGGAGAGUGAAGAGGAAAACUACAGCUAAUAUUUAAAGAAAAUAUCUGUUUUGGAAAAUUUUGGAUAAAAUCUUCAGUAUCAAAGAAAAGACAGACUUAUUCUAUUUUUGUCUGGAGAAUUCAAAUGCUACCAGUCUGCCUCACCUCUAAAUGUUAGUUUCUGCCUGUAUUAGGCUGUUAGAACCAUGCAGUACUCCUGCCCUUCCCAGCUUCUCCUUAGUCUGAGUUAGUGCUACAGGAGAUGGAAGAAAUUGCAGUUUAGGUCAAGGAUGUGUAGAAAUAUUGAGUGGAAAGCUGACCAGAAAGCAGUUCUCAAAAAAAAAAAAAAAAACCAAAAACAAGCAGGAUCUGAUCCGUGGGCACACUGGCAUGGGUUUUUUUUAGGUAUUUCAAGGUCUAGAAAAGAAACAUUGGUGGGGCUUGGUUUUUCAACUUUCACCUGAAGUGUGGCUCUCUUCUGGGAAUGGAUGAGUCAGGAGUGGCUCAUUCUGCUCAGCCAGAGGUAAAGUCUGAGGAGAACUCGGGUACUUGUCCCUGCCUGCUGCUUAACAUAGUGACCAACUAUAUUACAGAGUUAUAUCCCGUCAGAAUGGAAGCUGCUUUGGGGGGCUCUUUGCUAAUGGCUGCAAAUAUCCAGGACUUAUUUCCUGGGUUAUAGAAAUAGCAUCCAAAAGGAGCAGAAAAUCCAUUCCACUGCGCAAAGGCUGUCACUGGGGCUGGAGGCUGUGUAGAGCUGCAGGAGCGUCUCCUACCACCAUCUUCUGGAAGGCACCGAGAACUACAGCCUCUGCCAAGUGUCCUGGGGUGUGUGAGGAGUCAGCCAGGAUGGGAGGUAUGGAUGUCUCAGUGAAACACGUGCUGAUGAAUAUUAUCUUCUCACUUCAGCCCAUCUGUCAGGCAGCUUAUAACAACGAUUUCAACAAAGUUCAUCUCCUUUUGGAGAGCAACAGCAACUAUUUGAAUGUCCAGGACAGCUUCCUUGGAGACACCCCCUUAAUUUGUGCAUGUAAACAAGGAAACAACAGGAUAGUUAACUAUCUUCUUAGGAAACAUGCUGAUGUCAACCUCAGAAAUAAGAAGGGCUGCACUUGCCUCCACUAUGCUGUGAGGAAACGGUUCACCUUCCUUGACUACGUGCUCAUCAUAAUCCUCAUGCCAGUUAUGCUCAUUGGGUACCUUCUCAUGGUCUCAAAGACAAAACAGAAUGAACACCUGGUCAAGAUGUUGCUUAGAGCUGGAGUCGAUGUGAAUGCUACAGACUCUUCUGGCAGCACAGCCCUUCACUAUGCUUGUGAAAUGAAAAACCAGGCAGUCAUUCCUCUACUGCUUGAAGCUCAUGCAGACACUUCUGUAAAGAAUCAGAAUGGGGAGACUCCCCUAGAUAUAGCAAGAAGAUUACAGUUCCACAGCAUUGAAAGCAUGAUAAGAAAAGAUUCUUAGCCAUCAAGAACUGUCAAACAUGCAGAAAAUUACCUCAUCUGACAACCCACCUUUCACGACAGCAGAAGUGGGGGCUGAUACUUGAUAAAGACUCAGUCCACAUCCACCCCUUCCUUGCUGCAAACUUGGACAAUUUUGUGUGAGAUUUAUCAGUACCCCAAGGCCAUGAAGUUAAUUUUAUUUUACUAAGCCAUGAAUUACUACAAUAGUGUUCAAAAUAUCGCCCUUUCCAUCUGCUUCAUCAGUUUUAUUACUUGACUUCUGCAGACUGUGGAUUUUGAAAGCUAGCUAUAAAAUAUCUGGAAGCCUAAACAUUUCAUAUGAUGGUUGGCAGCCAACGCAAAAAUAAAAUAUCCUUUAGAGUGUGUGCUACUUGUUCCAUAGGGAAACUAAACAAUGUGCUACAGCAUUUAAAAGGUCUGGUACCCUUCUUCUUAGUGUUUAUCUUCCUUCAAUGGGAGGGGCUGGGAAAACAGAUCUCUCAGUUGAGCCCUUCUUUCUUCCAUCCUUCCUACGAUUUUCACACACCUUAAUUCUCCCUGUGUUACUACAAGAGUAGGACUUAGAUUUCAUCUAAGAAACAGCAAAAAGAGAUUCAAUCCCUUGGUGGAUUAGGAAAGAAAGUCAAUUCCCAGAUCACUUAAAUGCAUUAAGAAAUAGUAAAGAAAAUAUGUUUGGCUCAGUAGAGAAACAGGUCUCUAGACUACCUUUCCAAUAUAAACAGUGCACUAAAGAAAAAAAAAGAGUCAAUAAAUGAAAUGCUGUUGAUGGAAACCAGAUGUGUCAUUCCCAUGGGACUAGGCAGGAUAGCCUGCUGUACAGAGUGGUGCAUGCAGCAGGGGAUAAUACCAAUCACCAUAAUAAUAUAUCCACGAGUCUUCUCUUGCAUAAGUGAAGGCAGAAGAAAACCUGCAGUAAUAAGCAAUGUAUCAAAGUGGUCCAGUGCUUUGUGAUUUAAUAAUGAAGCAAUAAAGGGGAAGCUCCUUUCAUACA